CACAGUGAGGGCGUCCGCCAUGAGGAAGCGGUGAUGCUGUUGACGUCCUUCUGCCGGUAGUUGCCGCUCGCAACGAGCAACUUGUGCAGCGGAGGAAGGACGGAGGGGGAAAGAGGGCAGCAUGGCGGUGGGCCUGCGCUCGGUCUGCGUGGUGUUGAUGUGCCUGAGCGGAGAGGUGCUGUCCGGGCGGGAUUUCUACAAGAUUCUGGGGGUUUCUAAGAGCGCCUCGGUGAAGGAUGUCAAGAAGGCUUAUCGCAAACUGGCCUUACAGCUGCACCCCGAUAGAAACCCGGACGAUCCGGCGGCGCAGGACAAGUUCCAUGAUUUGGGGGCUGCUUAUGAGGUUUUGUCUGAUGAAGAGAAGAGGAAACAGUAUGAUAUGUAUGGUGAAGAGGGUUUGAAGGAAGGCCGUCAAGGUUCUCAUGAUGACAUCUUUUCACACUUCUUUGGAGACUUUGGUUUCAUGUUUGGAGGAAGUCCACGACAACAAGACCGGAACAUUCCUCGAGGAAGUGACAUAGUAGUGGACCUGGAAGUUACACUCGAAGAAGUGUAUUCGGGCAAUUUUGUAGAAGUUGUACGAAACAAGCCAGUGGCAAAGCAGGCUCCAGGAAAGAGGAAAUGCAACUGUAGACAGGAAAUGAGAACCACACAGUUGGGUCCUGGAAGAUUCCAAAUGACCCAAGAGAUGGUUUGUGAUGAGUGUCCCAAUGUUAAGCUUGUAAAUGAGGAGAGAACACUUGAGGUGGAGAUAGAACCUGGAGUCAGAGAUGGAAUGGAAUAUCCUUUCAUUGGAGAAGGUGAACCACAUAUAGAUGGAGAGCCAGGUGACCUGAAAUUCAAAAUAAAGGUUUUAAAGCACCCCGUAUUUGAAAGACGGGGUGAUGACCUCUAUACAAAUGUCACAAUUUCAUUAGUGGAAGCACUCAUAGGUUUUGAAAUGGAUAUUUCACAUUUGGAUGGGCACAAGGUUCAUGUAGUUAGAGACAAGAUUACAAAACCCGGUGCAAAACUAUGGAAGAAAGGAGAGGGAUUACCAAAUUUUGACAAUAACAACAUUAGGGGUUCCCUAAUAAUAACAUUUGAUGUGGAUUUUCCCAAGGAUAAACUUACUGACAAUCAGAAAGAAGAUGUAAAGAAUAUGCUUAAACAAGGACCAGUGAAGAAAGUCUACAAUGGGCUUCAGGGAUAUUGAUGGAAACACAAAAACAGACUUUUAUGUGAAAAUGAAAAUUUAAUUAUUUAUUAUCUGAGGUUUCUAAUGUUGAAUGUAUUCCUUAUUUUGGGCUUGGGAGGGUGGGAAAUUGCUAAUCUUUUAAAAACUGAAAUCUGUGUAUGUGUGUUUCUAACCAACACCAGAUUAUAGUCUUUUUAAAUUGUUCCUAUUUCUGUCUGCCUUUCCACAUUAUUUCUCUUGCCUUCAACCUAAAUCUAAAAGAAACAGUUGACUGACCAGAAGAGGAGUAAUGUAUUUUUUAAGGUGAAUGGAUGUCUUUAAAUGCUCUUCAAAGCAGAAAAGUUGAAUGCAACUUCACUUCACCAUUAAAAAGUGCUCUUGGCUUGUAAAAUACUAGAUGUUUAAUUUUGAAUAUUGUAUGAAUCAAAUAUGCAGAUUACAGUACACUGAGAAUUUUUCAGAUACUUUCAUUUAAACUUCCUGUGUUUCUUUUGAGGUAUUUGGUAGCCAAAUACUGCUCAAGGUUAAAGUAAUUGGUUUUGUAGCCUCUUAUGGGCUGCGAAGAAUGCAACAUUAUACAUCUCAGAUAUAUCAUUUGGGAUUAAUCUAUUCCUACUCAAAGUCUGUGAAUUACGAUUAAUGUUUUCUGAAACUUUUGAGGGAACAGUUUGAGUGACUGCAAAACAAUUCAUUUACUGUACAGCGCACAAUUCAUGACUAAAAUUGUCAAAUGGAAAAUUACAUUUUUGGAAAUGUGCAGUGUUGACAUUAUUGUAAAUUAAAUUCAUUAACUAAAAUUGUUUGGGAAGAAAGUGCAUCUGCCCCAUGCAGCAGGAUUGUUGCGUCUUUUUUUUUGUGUGCGCAUUAUUAUAAUUGGAGAAUUGAGCAAUCAAUUUUUUUUCCAGAAACUGGGUUGUCUCAACAUGCUUAAAGUACAGCAUAAAAAUUUGAUUUGAAACUGGACUGUGAUAUGUUUGGAUAUCGGAAGAGAUAAAUGCUGACUAAUAUGCUCUUUGCAUACAUCGUAACAAGAUUACGCAAUUGUCUCUGCCACUGAUUAGUCUUCCUCACAAAAGCUAUAGUUAUUUUAGAAUGACAGAUGGCAAAAUUAUUGAACCGUUCAUUGUUAUCUUUGAAGUAGAAAGAAUCGUUUUUUUGGCAUUUGUUUGAUUAUUCUGCACAUGAGAUGCACAACUUCAAAGGAAUUUGUAUGCUUCCUCUGUAUUUUCACGUGAUGCUCCAUUUAUUUAUAAAAAAUGAGGCAAUGUUGCCUAUUCAUUUUUGAAUUUAAAACUACAGGCAUACAACUUUUUAAAAAUAUUGCUGUUUUCAUAAUUCAGGAUUGCAAAAUUGUGAUCUGUUUUUGGAUCAGUAAAAUGCCGUAUGUUUCUUUUGAUCGGUUCUCACACAUCCCACUGUUUUAAUGCAAAUGUUUCCUCAUGAUUUCUAUUACUGAACAAAAAUACCAAAAAAAAUAUUUUAAAAAGUUUUUGGUGUGACAGAAGACAGACCGCUUUAAGAUAAAACAAUUUGUUUUUUGUAUAUAUAGUUAAAUAAAAAUGGUUAGUGUUCUGUUAAGACAUCUUUUUUGAAACAAACAUAUUUUCACAAUUAAAAUCACUAAA